AUGGACGCCAGGGCUGCCCUCCUGGUGCUGCUGCUGACCGCCCUCCCCACCCCUGGGCCUGCAGUGCCCACGGCGCCCACCAGAGAGCUCAGCUCCCGGCACAAGCUGCUGCUCGUGUCCUUCGACGGCUUCCGCUGGGACUACGACCAGGACGUGAACACCCCCAACCUGGACGCCAUGGCGAGGGAGGGGGUGAAGGCCCGCCACAUGACGCCCGCCUUCGUCACCAUGACCAGCCCGUGCCACUUCACCCUGGUCACCGGCAAGUACAUCGAGAACCACGGCGUGGUCCACAACAUGUUCUACAACUUGAGCAGCAAGGUGAAGCUGCCCUACCACCCGACGCUCACCAAGGAGAGCUGGUGGGACAACGGCAGCCUACCCAUCUGGAUCACUGCCCAGAAACAGGGCUUGAAGACCGGCUCGUUCUUCUUCCCAGGCGGGAACGUCACCUACCAGGGCAUGGCAGUGACGCAGAGCCGCCGGGAGGGUGCCCUUCACAACUACAAGGACGAGAAGGAGUGGAGGGCCAACAUCGACACGGUGCUGGGCUGGUUCACGCGCGACGGCCUGGACCUCGUCACGCUCUACUAUGGGGAACCUGACUCCACCGGCCACAAGUUUGGGCCCGACUCGGAGGAGAGGAAGAGGAUGGUGGAGCAGGUGGACCGCACGGUGGGCUACCUCCGCGACAGGAUCCGGCAGGAGGGCCUGGAGCACAGCCUGAACCUCAUCAUCACAUCCGACCACGGCAUGAACACCGUCAAAAAGAAUGCGUCCGACCUGGUGGAGCUCCACAAGAUCGCCAACUUCAGCUUCAAGGACAUCUACUUCGAGCUGGUGGACUACGGGCCCAACGGGAUGCUGUACCCCAAGGAGGGGAAGCUGGACCAGGUGUACGAGGCCCUCAAGAAUGCCCACCCUAAGCUCCAUGUCUACAAGAAGGAGACAUUCCCCAAGGAGCUGCACUACGCCAACCACCCGCGGGUGACGCCCCUGGUGAUGUACAGCGACCCUGGCUACGUCAUCCACGGGAGGAUCAACGUGCAGUUCAACAAUGGGGAGCACGGCUUCCACAAUGACGUCAUGGACAUGAAGACCAUCUUCCGGGCUGUGGGCCCCAGCUUCAAGCAGGGCCUGGAGGUGGAGCCCUUCGAGAGCAUCCACGUGUAUGAGCUCAUGUGCAAGCUGCUGGGCAUUGUGCCCGAGCCCAACGACGGGUCCCUGUCCACGCUGCUGCCCACCCUGCAUUCAGGGUCCGCCCUCCUGCCCAGGGGCCCCAUCUCGCUGGUGACCAUGCUGCUGGUGGCCAUGUUCCUCCUGGUCCAUGUGGUCGUGCCCCUCUCCCAGGAAGCCACGCGAGUCCUGCGCCUGAGCCUGUACCUGUACCUGGGUUCCCUGCACAGGACCCUUGGCAUCCUGCCCGGCCCCCAGCUGCUGACCACGCCCCCUUGUACUGACUACGCCCCACGCCCCGCCUCCACAUACUGA